AUGCUGCAGGAACUAUCGCAUAUGGACAGGAUAACCCAGCUGCAAGAUGAGAUACAACAGCUUCUCAUGAUUAUGUCGAAUACCAUCGCAUACCUCACUUCGCGGUCCAAUUUUGUCCAAGUCAGCCCAGAGAUUCCCAUCACGAAGCAAAGAAACCCUGAAAAAUUCGAUCCUCCUGAUGUAUUCGAAGCAAACCAAAAGGAACUAGUCACAGACCUUAUUGUCAAAGCAAAGCAAAUUGAAUUCUUAAUUAAUUCAUUGCCAGAGCCAGAGCCAGAAGAGGAACAGGCCCAUCGUCUCCAGAUACUGGAGGACGAAAUGACACAGGCUAAUGCAGAAUAUAUUCGCGCCGUCAAUCGAGCUAAGGAUCUUCACGCUCAAAUAUCCGACGUUCUCAAGAUGAUGUUGGACGAGACGGAUACACUCACAACGGAGGAAGAAACUAAACCGGGCGUUGGUUAG